CUCCACCUCUGCCAUCACAGCACCGUCACCAUUGCUCUCUCCCCUGGAGACACGGAGACAAGUCAACAUGUGUCACCCUACACUGACACAACACAACUCGGCCAUGGAACGUCAGUGCCCGCUGCUCCCACCAGUCCCCGCUGAAAACCCUGUGCACCGAGGCCAGACAUCAACAGUGGAAUGAAGUGGAAGCUGUGCUGGGCCCUGAUACUCGUGGCCUCGGGUCCUUUGCUGGCGCACCCCAUCACAGAAUCUGCAGAGAUGUCCUACCCCGAACUGGUGGCAGAGGAGCCGGGACGCAGACCUAUGGUUGACCUGACCCUGUCUGACCGCUCCUUCCCUUCCUCAGACGGCGCUGCUCUUAGGUACUCAUCACCUGUGGACAUCAGUAGAGACGGUUUCAGAAAUCCAGCCCUGCUUUCGAGGGGGAUGAAUUCAGAGGUCCUGCUGGAGAAACAAAGCCUUCUAAAGCCCUUCAGUCGUCUGCUGGGCAUCCACAAGCAGUUCAGGAAGCGAGGCGGGGAUUCUGAGUGUUUCUGGAAGUACUGUGUCUGAAAGACUCAGACAAAUAGAUCAUCACCAAACUUGCACCCGUCAGAAUUCAUGGACACCUUCUCUCCCUCUGAGCAGCCUUUAACUUGUUGAUCCGCGUGUGGUUUGUAUUUUGAGAUGUUAGACUGUGCAGAACUCCAAAUAAA